AUGCAGGAGAUUGAAGACUUCAAUUUGAAGUUCAAUCUCCUGAAUAAUCCGAAGUGCUUGCGUAUCACUUCAAGCGUGAGAUGGGCCGACUGCGGGCUUUCUUUAACUCUUUCUUUUGAACCAGCGGUGGACUUAACAGAGCUUGAGACCAUCAUCGCCUUGGCAAUCAACCGGUAG